AUGGGCCCAGUGCCAUUGGCCGAGUUUUCGACUCCGAGAAGAAAUCCUUGGGUAGAAGGCAAGAUCAGUGAAGGCGUCUUUGGCCAGGAUAAUGGCAGUAUGGAAGCUAUUGCUGCUGGAGGCAUGCAUACUCUUCUCAUUGAUGAAAGGGGCACCGUCAGGUCGUGUGGGGUCAACGAUGAUGCUGCGUUAGGCAGAGCUACCGAGAGUGUCCCUAAUCCUGCCCAAGAAGGAUCGUACUUGGACGAAGGGGAAUUGGAGUCGUAUCCACACCCGGUACAAACAUUACAAGAAAAUAACUUUCGAGCGGUGAAAGUUGCUGCUGGUGAUUGCAUCUCCGCAGCCGUGAGUUCGGAUGGUGAACUAUAUAUCUGGGGAACGUUCAAGGCAAGUGAAGGUACUCUAGGCUUCUCUGAGAAAGCGCGACAUCAGCAGGUCCCCCAACGCAUUCAGCUGGGCCCCACCACGACAAGAACACAAGCAAAUCCAGAGAAAGCCGUGGCCAUAGCGGCCGGCAACAACCACCUUUUGAUCCUGAGCACACAUGGGUCUGUCUACUCGUGUGGCGCAGGCGAGUCCGGUGAACUUGGCCAUAAAAUCCCAAGCCGCCUCAAAUUACAUGGCACAAAAGUCUACAAGAUCGCCUUAGGUCGCCGCGCUAAUAGAGCUAGAUGUGUUGGCGCAGGCAAGAGCUGCUCGUUUGCUGUCGAUGAGAACGGCGACGUCUGGGGAUGGGGAUUGAACUGCUUCGGCCAGACCGGCACCGGCAUAUCCAGUCCCAAAACUUUGUCCGACGAGAUUCAUAUCCCUACGAAAGUGCCAAAACUUUCUGCAGAAGCUCUGAAUGGCGAUGUCGUCGUCCAGAUAGCCGGAGGUGCCCAUCACACUCUGUUCUUAACUUCUCAGGGGAAAGUGUACGCUUGCGGACGAUGCGACGGCGGCGAGCUUGGCCUAUCUGAUGACAACGAAGAAUUUGCGCAACGUCGGGACCCACGGUUCCUUGAUCAACCUCUACAAGUCUCGAUUCCGGAACAGGAUGAGGACCCGAUCGUCCAGAUAUCUGCGGGUAUAGAGAACAGUAUGGCCGUUACGCGAGAUGGUGCCCUAUACGCUUGGGGUCAGGAAACCAACGGGGAGCUGGGGGUUAAGGGCGUAAAUGCCAAGACACCUACGGUCGUCGUACGUAGAACAGGUGGGUCAUGGCAGGCCAAAGCUGUUGCGUGCGGUGGCCACCACAGUCUUGGAUUGUUCCGAAGGAAGGCAGACUGA